CGGCUUUUAUUUCUGGAGCGACUCGGGCGCCGACAAGACGUUCGCUUCCCUUCCUAACGUGUCGCGCGCUCAGGAGCCGCCAUGUCGUCCAAGAUGGUCAUCAACCAGCCUCAGCCCGUGAUGGUUCACCAAGAGUCCAACAAGUGGGGCAGCGGCAUCUGCGACUGCUGCAACGACGUACCCAUGUGCUGCUGUGCGUUCUGGUGCUUGCCUUGCUUCGCCUGCAUGACGGCCAAAAAGUACGGCGAGUGCCUCUGCCUCCCCCUGGUGGACGUACUGCUGAGCCCCUGUGUCCCUCCCGUCACCAUGUCCAUGAGGGUGUCUGUGCGCCAACUCUACGGCAUACGGGGCUCCAUGUUCAAUGACUGCGUGUGCGCCACCUUCUGUUCGGCGUGCGUAUGGUGUCAGAUGGCGCGCGAAAUGAAGGAGCGAGCCAUCGAAAUCGUGCUGGUUAACAAACACACCAAGACUUUCGCGUAACAACAGCGGUACGCUUUAUAGUGAAAAACCACACUACGUAAAAGGCGCAUAGGCUGUGUUCGGAAUCCUUCGCUCAUUCCCGACUCCGUAAUUCCUGUACAGUGAUACCUCGGCUUCCGCGUAAAUAGAGCCAUUUAUAUUAUAAUUCAGAUUUAUUGAGCUGUCGUCAUGAAUCUGCUAACACUGUCACUCAGUCACCCCCUUGAGGAUCUUGAUGGUACCACAAGACAAAAUGCACUUUUACUAUCGUAUUUUCACGACAACAGGGCGCACCGUAUUAAAAGGCGCAGUCUCACUUACGCGGUCUAUUUCUGUAUUUAACACAUACAUAAGUAUUAUUGGGCAUGGUAAAACAUACGUUAGCUUAAAACAUACGGUAGCAUGCAUCCAUGCGAAAACAAUGUUUUUAAAAAGGCAGCAGGAGCAAAACUGAGUUUGGUUGUACUUUAUUGAAGUAUUUAACAACGUACUCACGUUAUUUUUUGAUCAAUCCUCAUCCACAAAUCCAUCAAAGUCCUCAUGUUCUGUAUCUCGUCAUUGUCGGAGUCAGUCUCGUUGCCGGGGGGCUCCCCGGAAAGCUUUCGCGAAAGCUCGAACAACAGUGCAAGCAGACACGUUAGCCCAAGCAUCCACAAUCCAUUCCCAAAUUGUGGCGUGACUCACCCGGCGAGUUGAGGUUGGCUCGAGUUGGUCUUCGGACUCGGGCCGCCUCGCUUCCUCCACUCGCGAACCAUGGACUCGUUGAUCUCGAAUUCUCUCGAUUCCCAUGUUCCUCCGCCUAACUGACAGCUUGCAGUUUAAACUGCGCUUCGUAAGCGCGUCUAUUCGUAGGUGCAGUUUUCGAUUGCGGUCAAGCCAGCCGCCGCUAAUUUUGUUCAUACGAGGCAUUGCUGUAAUAAGUCGCCAACACGCGGCGAA